GCUAAUGUGACCGCUUGCUGCCCUUGGAUUAGGGGCCUCAGCUAGAGCCGGGAACUGGCAUAUCCAUCUUUUCCUCCGCAGUCUUAUACAACAAUGCGUCAACAAGCUGCGGGACAGCGGAGUCGUCGCCAGACUGCCCCGUCUGGACCGCCAGUGGACCUGAAGGCCAAAGUGAUCAACGAACAGGAGACCAUCCCAGAUGGCUUGGAAUCUUUCACUGAUAUCAAGAACGAGUUGGAGUUUGCACAAUGGUACGAUGAUGUGGAGGACAGCCUGCUGUCGGCCAGCUAUGAUGAGUACCAAGCAUGCUUACAGGAACUUCAGAUGUCCAAAUCGCAUCUAGACUCCCUCUUAUCGGAUACAUCAUCGACCCUGGAUCUUCUCACCAGCCUGUCCAAUGACUUCAAAGCCGUGGAGUCGCAGACGUCCAAUUUCCAAAAACAAUGCGAAGGGCUUCUCUUCGCGCAAACACGCGACUUGCAAUUGGCUACGGAUAUUCAAGAUAACCUCCAGUACUAUGACUUUCUUGAUCCGGCUUCAAGGCGGCUCAACGCUCCGGGCGCUGGAAACACUGUGCGGGGGCAAGAGUUCUCGGACAUGCUAAGACGGCUUGAUGAAUGCUUGGAUUACAUGGAGGUACAUACCGACCAGAAGGAGGCCGAUGUAUACCGCUCUAGAUAUCGACUUCUUAUGACUCGCGCCCUCACCCUCAUCCGGACACACUUUAUCACGUCACUUCGAGAUAUUUAUGCCGAUGCCUCCAAGAAAAUCGCCGACAAACAGCUUAACGAGACGACUAUGUCUACGCUGCUAUAUGCGAAAUUUCGAGUCGGCGCACCGGAGCUGAAACAAAUCGGACUCGAGAUACAGAAGCGCGCCGUUCCUCCUUUGGACCCCGACCAGGGCACAGAAGCCGAGUACCAGAGCCUUCUCAACGAGCUUCAUGCUAAUUAUGCUGCCACACGUGGGAAGCUGAUGAUCCCGUUGGUUCGGAAGAACCUCAACGAUAUCGCGCAGUCGCCCACAUCGUCGCAGGACCUUGUUUCUUUCGCACGUGCAAGCAUUAGCUACAUCCGUGGGGUCUGCUUGGACGAGUUUGAACUCUGGGGUGAAUGGUUCCAUGGCCAAGGUGGACUCUAUGACUUCCUCGAGACAAUCUGCGAACCUCUGUAUGAUCAUCUCCGGCCCAGGAUCAUCCACGAGGACAAGAUCGUCAAGCUGUGCCAGCUGUGCACGCUGUUGCAGACUCGAUACUUGAUCGACCAGGAUGAGGAGUUGGAACAGCCCGUGGACGCCAACCAACUCGACUUCACCACCUUGAUUCAGCCGGCCCUCGAGGACGUCCAAACUCGCCUCGUCUUCCGUGCUCAAGCUUUCCUCCGCGAUGAGAUCGAACGCUACAAGCCCCGUCCUGAGGACCUGGACUACCCAGCUCGCAACCGGCAAUUCUCCAUCUCAGUCACGGAGGGCCAAAUCUCGGGCCGCAAGGUCGCUUCCGAGCCCCUGGCCAAGAUCCCCAAACCCACGAAACAAGCCGAAGAAGGCACCGAGGCUGACGCGGAUGCGAAGUGGGAUCUCGAGACUCCGAACGCCUCCAGCGGGUGGUAUCCAACGCUGCGUAAAGCCAUCUGGCUCCUGAGCCGCAUCUACCGACUUGUCAACUCCACUGUCUUCGACGAUCUCGCGCACCAAAUCGUCCACCAAACGACCCUCUCCCUCCACCACGCCAGCACCCUAAUCCCCGCGUCAUCAACAACAACAACAACAACCCCCACUAACCCCAAAUCCCCAACAACCACUACCCCAACGCCAACGCCAACACCAACGCGCCCCGAAACCCACCGCCAACUCUUCCUAAUGAGCCACCUCCUAAUCCUCAAACAACAAAUCGUCGCCUUCGACAUCGAAUACGUCGCGCCCGAAACCUCCCUGGACUUCUCAGGCCUAACGCACACCUUCUGGGAACUCCGCGAAGAGCGCGGCGGGCUGUUCAACCCACGCAAUUUGGUCCGGCUCGUGGGCCAGGGCCUCCUGCCGCGCGUGGUCGAGAACAUGCUCGACGCGAAGGUAGAGCUAGACGGCCGCCUCCGCACCGUGAUCAACGAUUUCAUCCACGGCUACGCCACCUCAAUGACCGCCUCCCUCCCCGCCAAAUUCGUCGCCAACCCCACCACUACCACCGCUGCUGCUGCUGCUGCUGCCACCGCGGCAGUCGAGGAAUGGAUCUACCCGACUUGCCGGAAGAUCGAGAGCGAGGUGCUGGGCCUGCGUCGCGUGCUGGGCGAGUACCUGGAUGAUCUGCGCAUGCGGGAGACGCUGGUCGGCGCCGUGCAGGAGCGUGUGAUUCAGAUCUAUGAGGAGUUUUGGGAAAGGUUUGUCGCUGAGGAGCGCCGGGCUGGAUCUGGGGUGAGGGGUACUAAGGGAAAGGGGAAGGGGAAGGGUCGUGAGGAUGAUGUCUGGGAUGUGGAUACGUUUGUUGAGUGGUGUGAGGGGGUCUUUCGGGUCGGGGUGGCGGGUGUUGUUGAUGAUGAAUGCGAUGGUGGUGGUGAUGAUGAUGGGAUGUCGAGUCGGACGGGCAGUUUGGGCUCGUUGCGGAAUCAUUAG